AUGGAGAGGGAGGGCAACGCCGCCGCCGCCGGUGCUGGACGCUGGGAGGCGUCGCCGGACGGGGUGAUCGUGCUGCCCGCGGGGUCGGCGGCGGUGCGGCACAACCGCGACCAUCGUCACCAGCGGGAGCGGGAGCAGCAGCAUCCGGGGUACGGAUCGGCGGCGUGGGCGGGGGUGCUGGGGGCGUUGCCGGGGCCGCUGGAGAAGGUGCUCUACAAGACGAAGCUGUGCGAGAAUUUCGAGUUGGGCGGGUGCGUGUACGAGGAGGGGUGCACGUUCGCGCACGGCCACGCGGAGCUGCGCCCGCCUCUGCCACUGCCGCCCGGGGCCAACGGGCGGAGGCUGGCUGCCGAGAACGAGAACGGGAGGGGCCUCGCUGGGUUCCACGGCGGGGGCAAGGUGUGCUUCGAGUUCAGGGACAAGGGGACCUGCCACUGGGGGGACAGGUGCACCUACGCCCACGCUUCCGCAGCAGAGAUGCGCUACCUUGUGGGGCCAAGGAUGGUGGAGCAGGCGCGGAGGAACGUGACGCCGCCUGCGAGGGCGUUCUCGCCGCGGUCGGCGGUCGGGACUUCGCAUGGCGGCAGCAGCUAUGCGAUGGGUAGUACCGCUAGGGCGUUCUCACCUGUUCCUGCCGCGGCCGGGCAGGACGAUGCCAAGGUCACCCGACUGGAGCUCCUGAGCCGCAGGAAGUUGAGCGGCAUCUACGGCGACUGGCCGGAGGAGGACUGA